AUGUCGGACGAUAAUUCGGACGCGAAGCCGGCAGAAGGUUCAGGAUCGGGGGACCAGCAGUAUAUCAAACUCAAAGUUAUGGGCCAGGACAACAGUGAGAUCCAUUUCAAGGUGAAAAUGACCACCCAGAUGAGGAAGCUCAAAGAGUCAUACUGUCAGAGACAGGGAGUUCCUAUCAACUCAUUGCGGUUCCUAUUUGAUGGACAACGCAUUAAUGAUGACCAGACACCAAAGGAGUUGGAAAUGACAGAUAACGACAUAAUAGAGGUGUACCAGGAGCAGACAGGAGGGGGGGAACACUGA